GACAUACGCGCGCGCCACCUACUCAAUAAAUAAAAAUCAUUAAAUGACAAAAGGGAAAUUAAGAAAAAUACUUAUUCGACGAAAUUAUCAAAUCGUAAAGAAUUUUUAUAUAUUAAGAUACCAUGGGAAUAUUUCCAAAUUAUCACAAAUAAUCAUAUUUUUGUUCCACUGUAUUACAAAUUUUUGAUAAAUAAACUCCCAGAAGAAAACUAAAGAGAGAGUAUGGUGUCGUCAAAUCUCCUGACUCUACUUCCGGGCACACUUUCGCAAAUAAUUAUGAAAUUGCUCUAAAAAUUAAUAAUUAUUCGCCGAGGAAGAGCAAAGUAAAAAAACGUAUCAAAACGUCAAAACGUGUGUGUCGCAUCGUGCCCGGCCCAAAUCGAUACCAAGCAGUCCUAAUCAGCUGAUCUGCUCAUCCCCCUUCCAUUCUACUAGUUUCCAUUCAUGACACACAACACACCCUAAAGGUCGCCAACUGUCAAGAAACGGUUGUAAUUGUUGAAGAAAAUUGAUAUUACAUACUUAUACAUAUACAGUGAACAUUGCAAAAUUUGUGGAGCAUGGCAUGGCACUGCAAUGGUGUAACAAAUCAAGAGAUGGUGGCCAAGUUGAAAGAAACUGGUAUUCUAACAACAGCCAGAGCAGAAGCUGCUAUGCUCGCAGUAGACAGAGCAAGAUAUUGUCAUGAAGCAAAUCCUUAUCUUGAUCAACCUAGAAAAAUUGGUUACAACGUUACAAUCAGUGCUCCACAUAUGCAUGCCUAUGCAUUGUCGAUUCUCUCCGAUCAGCUGUUUGAUGGUGCUAAGGCAUUGGAUGUUGGUUCAGGUUCCGGUUAUUUAUCAGCUUGUAUGGCUUUUAUGGUUGGUCCUCGUGGACGAGUCAUCGGUAUCGAGCAUAUUCCUGAACUAAUAGAGGUUUCUUCAAGAAAUGUACGGGAGGACUGCCCUCAUUUUCUCAAAGAUGGCCGUCUCAUAUUUGUUGUGGGAGAUGGCAGAUUGGGACAUACCACUGAUGGGCCUUACAAUGCUAUACAUGUAGGAGCUGCAGCUGAAACCCUUCCGCAAAAGUUGGUAGAUCAGCUAGCUCCUGGAGGUCGACUUAUCUGUCCUGUAGUUGCCAUUGAAGGUUUCCAAAGAUUUCAAGAUUUACUACAAGUGGAUAAGAAAGCGGAUGGAUCUGUCACAAAACAAAAAUUAAUGCAAGUUUCAUAUGUUCCUCUAACUGAUCCUAAUACACAAUUACGUAACUGAAGUACUUAGUAAGUUUUGCUACAAGUUUAAGAUAGCAAAAUGCUUACCAGUAAUCGUUGAUAUUGGAACCACUGUGCUACUUUGUUUUACGCAUAAGCAAAUUAUAGAAGCAGUUGCCCCUUUUCGACUGAUGGCAUAUUAUUAAUAAAAUAUAUUUUACUUACACCUUAA